UUUGCUGUUAGCGGGGAGCUCUGUCCCCCUCCGGCUGCAGGUUUAAGGAGGUGCCGGAGCAGGGAGAGCGAGACAUGGAUCUGGCACCCUGCUAUGCCAGGGCAUUUUAUACUUCGCCCCCAUCGUCUGGGUGGGUACCGAGGGGCGCCCACAGUUCCUUGCAUUAAUAGAAGGAAAGGGAAAUUGAUCGGGACGGGCUCCCUCAGAAGGCAAGUGUGGAACGGGUUUAAUUUGGUUGCUGGAAGGAAGCAAAAGAGAAGCUGUCAUUUGUGUCUGUGUGUCCCUAUACGAGGGCCUCCUGGUUCCUUGUUAGCUUAUAGAGAGGAAAAAAAAAAAAGCGUUUGAUGUUACGUCUGACCAGCUGCUGUUCUCCAUAAUAACAAGAGAGAACUGCCUGCCCUGGCGAGUUGCGUCACUUCGCUUCAACUUUAGGCUAGAAAUCAAGAGAGGCAGAGACAAGUUUCAAGGGAGGCAGGAGCGAGCUGGAAAGCCCUGCCGUCUUCCUCCCACCCACCUACCCCUCCUCCUUUACCCCUCUCCUAUCCCCACCCCCUUCCCCCCCUCCAAAAAAAAAAAAAAAAAAAAAAGAAAAAAAAAAGGAAAAAACCUUUCCCAUCAGAGAAAGAGGGAGAUCUCUUUGGAAACAUGGAGCUGCUGUGCUGCGAGGUGGAUCCCAUGAGGAGAGCUCUGCCUGACCCGAACUUGCUCUACGAUGACCGCGUUUUGCACAACUUACUAACCAUAGAGGAAAGGUAUCUGCCUCAAUGCUCCUACUUCAAGUGCGUCCAGAAGGACAUCCAGCCCUUCAUGAGGAGGAUGGUGGCCACUUGGAUGCUGGAGGAAUGGGAGCUGGUGGUGCUGGGGAAGUUGAAGUGGAACCUUGCAGCCGUCACCCCACACGAUUUCAUUGAACACAUCCUAAGGAAGGUGCCUCUCCCUAAAGACAAGUUGCUUUUGAUCCGGAAGCAUGCACAAACCUUCAUCGCCCUUUGUGCCACAGAUUUUAACUUUGCCAUGUACCCACCAUCAAUGAUAGCAACUGGAAGUGUGGGAGCAGCCAUCUGUGGCCUUCAGCUUGAUGAUGGGGACAGCCUCACGGACCUCCUGGCCAAGAUCACAAACACAGAUGUGGACUGCCUUAAAGCUUGUCAGGAACAGAUCGAGGCGGUGCUCGUGAACAGCCUGCAGCAAGUCCGGCAGCAGCAGCAGCAGAGCAACCCCUCCAAGACAGUGGAUGAACUGGACCAGGCCAGCACUCCCACAGAUGUGAGAGACAUCAACCUGUGAGGACAUCGGCACACCAAGUCACGCUUGCUCCCCCAGACCUUUAUUUUUGUUAUUAUUUUUAGAGUGAAAUUUUUUUUAAUCUGCUCCCACGUAGAACAUAUUUAAAGCUCUUUUAGGUAUAAAGAAAAACAAAAAAAAAGUACAAAAACUGAAUAAUGAAAAAAAAAAAGCGUUUGGUGCCUGUGAUGUUCUACAGAAGGGAAUCCCACGACAUAUUUGGUAAUUGCUAUUUGAUUAUGUAUCAGUGAUAUUAAAUGCUUAUAAAAGCAUACAAAGUAGCUAGAUCAAUGUAAGCCUGCAUUUGUGGGAACAAAGUAGAGUAUACUUGUCUGUGUAUUAUGAACUAGUGCAUACACCCCUUUUUUAGAUUUAAGAAAGGAAUCGUGUGUGCGAUUUUAUGGCUUGACUAGAUUGCAAAGCAAUAGAAUAAGGGGUUUAGGGCAAAGUGGGAAAAGAUCCCUGAAGCAAUUGAACCAUUUUGAAUGCAGAAGAGAUUUGCUGAUCUGUCACCUCUGUUAUUAGUCAGAAGUGUUUGUUGGAUCUCUGUAUGUUAGUUUUGUUUACUCUUGCUGUCUGUGGUAGCUGCUACCUAAGAAAGAAGAUGCUUUAUUUUACCAGCCAGAAGAGCAGGUGUCUUUUGGGCUUUUUUUUUCAGUUGAUUUAUUUUUCUUUUUUUUUUUUCCCCCAACUUCCCCUCUGCCCCUCUUGACUUUUUUUUAUCUACUUUUCCUUCAGAAAUGGUUCAUUCUAAACACAGCAGCGUCUUUGGCAUGAGGGCAAUUCCUUUUACCCAGCCGUGGGCCGAGCCAAAGUUCCCAAGUGUUCACGGUCAGUGGGGGGAAUGCACGCAUUAAUCCCGACCUGUUGGCUGGGCAGGCCACCUCCAACCUUUGGAUUGCAAGAUGUGGUGGAUCAUCUAGGAAAAGCAUUAUAUUCCUUUACAGUGCUAAUGCUUCACGUCCAUGAUAAUGUCUGGCAGCUUCUUAGCUUGGCCACAAAGACAUUUAAAUGAUGCUCUGUCCAUCUUCCCUUGUAAUAGCCCCUCACUGUGUUAAAGAAGAUGAGGCUUUGCUUCCUCAUCUCUCUUUCCCCCCACUCCCCCUGCACACUUUUUCAGCAUUUCAUUAAUUUUAUUGAUCCACAGUGAGCGUUUUUGUAAACCAUUUCAUUCGAAAAGCACUUUGAAAAUUGUUCCUAAGGGAUUAAAUGAGAUGGUUUAUGACAAUUUUGCCGAGGAAAGAAAAACAAAAACAAAAACAAAAA